AUGGUUCUUCUCAAAGACAUUUUUGAGGAGACCCCCGACAAAGAUCGUUUUGUCGGAGACGUCAUGUUCUGGAAAUUCUUCGAGGAUAUUGAUGCCAACAGAAUCUACCACACCAACUCCGUGGAGUACAGGAAUUUGAAGGUCAUGUUCUUCGAAACGCUCUUCUACUUGGUGUUGUUGGGAUCUGUCACAGCCUAUGCUUAUAACUUGCAAUCGCAGGAUGUAUUCGAGAGCCGUAUCGAGCAACUGGACUACUGGAGAGGUUGCGACACUGAUGGCAAUUGCCGCAUUCAGAAGGUAGAAGAUGUUGCCAGCUUUUGGACAUGGAUGCAGAAUGAGCUGGUUCCGCUUGCCUACACGGAUGACGUAGAUGCACCAAAGGUUGCACAGAUAGAGACGGUCUUUCCGAAUAGCAAGUUCCCGCUCUACUGGAGCCCUAGAUACCUAAGCGAUACACGGAGUACAGUGCUUCUAGGCUCGCUGCGAAUGCGGCAACUGCGUGUGCAGCCCAAUGCUGGCUGUAUUGUGACAGCGCUUGUGCGGCAUGUCUAUCCGGACUGUUAUUCCACCUAUGAUGCCAGCCGAGAGAGUCAGGAUCCAUAUGAUCCGCGGUUUGCUCCGACAUACCUGACAAAGGCAUAUCAAUGGCGACCUGUAGAAGAAACUCAGCAGGUUUCCCUCACAGGAUCCGCAGCUUCUUACUCAGGCUCAGGGUACUUUAUUGACCUGCCGGCCAACAAGUCUCAUGCUUCCAGCAUGCUCAGCGACCUACAUGUUUGGCGGUGGGUCGACAAACUAACCCGUGCGGUUACUAUCGAGUUGACAACAAUGAGUACGAAUGUGAAUGUGAUCGUGAAUACGGUGAUACUUUUCGAAUUCACUCCAAACGGAGCGGUGACAGGCACUGUGUCCAGCACAGCUAUGCGGACCUUUUUCUUCACACCAUCACUCCAGGGAUCGAACCUUUUCGCUUUUAUUCUUCUCAUUUGGCUGUCAUUGAUGUUCUUCAUUUUCACACUGUACUCUUUGUGGCUAAUGUACAAGACCUGCUUCAAUUAUCUGGGUCAGAAUCCGAUAGGAUAUUUGAAACGCUCUGGGUGGACUGCAAGACUCCUAUUUCCAUUCAGAACGUUGUAUCAGUUCUUCCGAUAUGGAUGGAAUUUUGCAGAUAUGGUCAUCUUGGGCUCUUUUUAUGUGCAUUUGGGAUUCCGGAUCAGUGCCUAUCUGGCUGUAGGGAGCAAUCCCGUUUUACAGCCGGAUGUGAUUGGGCACCCCGAAAUCUUCAUGCCGUUCGGGCAGCUCAUGGAGCCUUUGGUUUUGGGCAACAACCUCCUAGCUCUGCUUUCAAUCACUUGUUGGGUGAAGCUGUUCAAGUACCUUUGCAUGAGCAGCUACUUCCGACUUUUGGUGAGAAUCCUGGAGUCCUGUGCUGCCAGGCUGAUUAUUUUCGCUGCGCUGCUCUUGGUUGUCUUCUUUGGCUUUGCAGUGGCCUUCUCGAUUGGUCUGGGCACAACCGACAGAAACUUUGUCACAAUCCCUGGAUCGUUCUUGGUCCUGUUCUUCCUGCUGAUCGAUGGCUACUCCAUUGAUAUUGAAUGGUUUCGACCUGGCAAGGAUCAGCUCGUUACUUUGAUCUUCCUUGGAUACAUCGCCUUGAUCUAUUUUGUUCUUCUGAACAUCUUCGUAGCCAUCGUGCUGGAUACAUUCUCCUUGGCUUCACGUCUCUAUGCCGUGGAGGCUGACAAGAAGAAUCCAAUGAUCGUAUUUCUGCAUACUUAUUGGAAUUGGAUGAAGGGUCAGUCUUUGGUCAAAGACGAGUCGGAAGAGCACAUGAAUCCAAAGGAUCUUUCAAUCACUCUGGACUUGUUGCCCGGUCUUGUCCGUCGUAAAUGGGUGGAGAAGAAGCGAAGGAUGCAAAGAGUCGCAGACCAGAACUUCGCUGGAAUGGACCUUUUUCCGGAGGACGUAGACCGGUCGCUGUCCAAGAAAAGAGCAGAUCAGAUGAUCACAGAUUGGAUGCUCCCUAGCACGCAGACCGAUGUCUUUGACCAGAUGACAGCACCAGUUGAGCACAAGCCCCUGGCGUUGUACGAGGUUCCGGACACAAUAAUGACCCAGGAAAUCAGCCGAGCUCAACUACAGCGCUUGAUGGACGAAGAUUCCACAAUUCCUCUUCUUCUUGGUAGCAAGCGCGCGGUGGACGUGAUCCGAAAGUUCAAGUCUGUUGAAAAAGAGGAGGAGAGUGGCCAGCCUGUGAGUGCCGUCAAGGCUAUGCAGGGAACCAUCUUUGGUCGGAUCGACAAAUUGGAGAGAGUCAAGCUGGAUGAUGACGUACCUGAGGUUCCUGAAAUGACUCAGAUAGCUGAGCAGAUGAGCGGCGCCAUCCUCGACCUCAGGAACCAGUUCCGAGUGCAACUCACUGGUGUCAUCGAAUGCACAGCUGUGCUCUUCGAGCACCUGGUUGAGCUAACGCAAGGUCUUGACGAGGUUCGGCAGAACAGUGACGGUGUGAUUCGCUUGGUCCGGAGCAAUCAGAUUGGAGACACUGGCUAUGGUCUUUGA